GUCGCGGUCGUCACCAUCGACGCGCCGUCGACGUCGAACGCCAUCACGAGACCGAUGCUCGUCCACCUCGCGCGAGCGUUCAGGGAGCUUCGCGACGCCGAAAAUCCCGCCGUCCGCGCGUGCGUCCUCGCCGCGCGCGGAAGAAAAGCGUUCAGCGCCGGAAUCGACCUGAGCGCGGCGGAGGACGUGUUCAAGAUGGACGCGAACGACCUCACGAACGACAUCGUCCAUCAGAUGGAACGCUGCGAUUUUCUCAUCGUCGGCGCGAUAAACGGCGUCGCCGUAAACGCCGGAUUCGAGCUCGCGCUCGCGUGCGACGUCCUCGUGUGCUCGCCGCGCGCGGCGUGGAUAGACACGCACGCGAAGUUGGGGCUGCUGCCGUCGUGGGGGCUGAGCGCGAAGCUGCCGCGGAUCGUGGGCGCGAAGGCGGCCAACGCGGUCAGCCUCGCCGGC